GUUAGUCUAAUUAUGGGGAACAACCGAGGCCGAAUCAUCACAUGCAUGUCACGACCGCUCAAUAUCAUCAUCAUUUGAAGCGUGAGCCACGCACGAUGCGCAAGCCUCCGAACGACUGAACGCCAGCCUUCUGUCACGAAUGACGGCACCGCAAUAGCCAUGGCCGUGUUGUCCAAGCUGUCUUCAGCAAAUGCCAUGUCCAGACGCUCCCUCAAAGGAAUAGUAAACGAGCUCACAGAUAGAUACCUGCAGCACCGCACGAGGAUAUCGCGCGCGGUUUACCUCACACUCUUUGUCGCCCUCAUCAAUCGGAUUCGCAAUGCUAUUGCCGAGCAGAAAGCAGCUUCCCUGCGCCAGGCCGAGGUCCGCAGGCGACCCGCAACUGGUACUGCCGAGGGGGAGGCAGCGUCGCGGAAGAAGGUGGAGCUAAACAGAGAGUUUUUCAAAAAUCUUCUGAGAUUACUGAAAAUUGUAAUACCGGGAUGGAGGAGUAAGGAGCUCCGCUUACUCAUCAGCCAUAGCAUAUUCCUGGUUCUUCGGACAAUGAUCAGUUUGUAUGUUGCGGAGCUGGAUGGGCGGCUUGUGAGCAGUUUGGUGAGAGGUAAAGGAAAGGACUUCCUCACGGGGCUGGUGUGGUGGAUGACGGUUGCUAUUCCAGCAACAUUCACUAACUCAAUGCUCUCCUACCACCAAUGCAAACUCUCCCUUCAAUACCGGACCCGCCUCACCCACUACAUUCACAACAAAUAUCUUUCCCACAUGACUUUCUACACACUCUCUGCCCUCGACGAUCGGAUUAAAAACGCAGACCAACUUAUCACAGUUGAUGUGGCCAAAUUCUCAAACAGCCUGGCGGAACUCUACUCCAACAUCGCAAAACCCGUCCUAGACAUGAUAAUAUACAACUACUCGCUAUCCCGAAGUGUCGGAGGCGAAGGCCUCUUCUUCAUGAGCUUACUCGUACAGCUCUCAGCAAACGUCAUGAGGGCAUUGACUCCACCAUUCGGGAAAUAUGUUGCGGACGAGGCAAGGUUGGAGGGAGAAUUCAGGUUUCAACAUUCGAGGUUGAUUGACUAUAGUGAAGAAAUUGCCUUAUAUCAUGGACAUGAGGCAGAGAAAGAUACGCUGGAUAAGGGAUAUUUCACACUUAUCAAGCAUGUGAAUAGGAUAUUAAGGAGACGGUUCUAUCAUGGGGUCAUGGAAGACUUUGUCAUCAAAUACUUCUGGGGCGCACUAGGGCUCUUGCUCUGCAGUGUACCAGUCUUUUUCAAGAUACCUGGUGUAGCAGGCAAGAGCAUGGGGGAUCGGACAGAAAGCUUCGUAACCAACCGCCGAAUGCUACUCAUGUCUUCUGACGCCUUCGGCCGAGUCAUGUUCUCCUACAAAGAAAUUACUGAACUCGCCGGCUAUACCUCACGUGUUUCGACCUUGCUCGACGUCAUCGACGAUAUCCAAGCCGGCCGCUUCGAAAAGAAGCUAGUCUCAUCCGCUGACACCGAAGAAAAUGCUGCUGUCCUGCGAGGCCGAGGUAAUGUGACUGAAGGCGAAGACAUCGAAUUCGUUGGUGUGCCCAUCGUAUCCCCCAACGGUGAUGUUCUGGUCCGCGCUCUAAGCUUUACCGUAAAGCCCGGCGACCACCUCCUCAUUGUCGGCCCCAACGGCUGCGGCAAAUCCUCCCUCUUCAGAAUCCUCGGCGGCCUAUGGCCCGUGUAUGGUGGAACGGUACGGAAACCACCAUUUGAAGACAUCUUCUAUAUCCCACAACGGCCAUACCUCUCUCGUGGCACCCUCCGCCAACAAAUCAUAUACCCUGACAGUAUCCGAGAAAUGCGCGACAAAGGUAUCACAGAUGCUGAUCUCUACCGCAUUCUGUCCGUUGUCGAAAUCGAAUCCAUCGUUGACCGCCCAGGAGGCUGGGACGCGGAGCAAGAGUGGACUGAUGUCCUUUCCGGAGGUCUACAACAACGUGUUGCAAUGGCCCGUUUGUUCUACCAUGCACCGAAAUAUGCAAUCCUCGAUGAAUGCACAAGCUCUGUAACACUGGAGGUUGAAAGAGUUAUGUAUGAUGAAGCGAAGCGCUUGGGUAUUACCCUCAUGACUGUCAGUCAUAGGCGGAGCUUAUGGAAGUAUCAUUGCAGGAUACUACAGUUUGAUGGCCAGGGCGGGUAUUAUUUUGGGGUCUUGGAGGCGGAAAAGAGAGCGGAGUUGGAGGAUGAGAAAGAGGAGAUCGAGUUGCAGCUACGAGCUGUGCCAGAGAUUGAGGAGAGAAUUCGGGAACUGGAGUCGGCCUGAGGUGGGUGUGCCCCAGAAUAAAGGGAACCGAUGUGUGGAUGGUGUUAAUCUUGGUAGGGUUCUUCAGUGAUUUGUGGGGGCAAUUUGUAUAAGUAUUGUGCCGUGAUGCUUUAUAAUCUACCCAUGUCAUAUUGAUUUGGAAAGAGGAGGCCAAUUUGGGUCUAAAGAUGUAUCUGAUCUUGCAUUUGCGCGUG